GGGGCCGAGAUGCAAUCUAGCAGACUCUAAAAGAAUGGAGUAAGGUCGAGGUCAUGGCGGAGGAUAAGCAGGAUCAUGUCCAACAGGGGUGGUCUAAGGACAGAAUAUUAGCGAUGAACACUCACGGGGCUAAGAAGGCCAACAUAUCGAAGGAGGACUUCGAGCAAAGGGGUCUGGCGCCUGAUCGGGGAAUAGGUUCCUUGGAGACUACCGCAGAAGAGCGUGACGUGUUUCGUCGAGUUCUUGGUAAAUUGGUGGCGCCUUUUUUAGCGGGAUCCACAGAGCAGACAGCAGACUUUGAGCGUAGAAAUGAGUCCUCGUCUACCUCCAGUGAGAAGAAGCACGAGGAGCG